AAGCACUUCAACUCACUUACAUUCAAUCCUUUUUGCCUUUGCCUCACCAGCACCGCCUCGUCCUAUUACUCCGAAUAAUCCAUUCGUUUCUAAACCAGCAAACAUGCGUUUCCAAGCUUCCGUCCUCGCCGUUGCGGCUUCCGUUGCCCUCGUUAGCGCCCAGAACACCCCCAACCUCAGCGCUGUUCCCUCAUGCGCUGUUCCUUGCUUCUCUGAGGCUCUUCCCUCAUCUGGCUGCUCGGUCACCGACAUCAAGUGCCAGUGCACCACCGGCCGCGAACCUCUUACUGCCGCGCUCAUGAAGUGCGUACCCACCAAGUGCUCGCCUCAAGAGCUUGCCAACCUCCAACCCGCUCUUGUUGGUCUCUGCGAGCAGGCCGGUGUCACUCUCUCCGGUAUCCCCACCGCCACUGCCUCUGGCUCUUCUCCCAUGGCCUCCGGUGCCAUGCCCUCCGGUAUGGCCUCCGGUAUGCCUUCUGGUUCCACCCCCAGCGGCACCGCUACCGGUGGCUCCCCUCCCCAGCAGACCCAGAACGCUGCCGCCGGCAUGGCCGUCGAGUUCGGUGCUAUUGCUAUGGGUAUUGCCGCUGUUUUCGGAUUGUAAAUUAUGGGGAUGAUAAUGUAGCUGGAGGAGAUAAUGGAAGAGUCUCGAGAGAGUCUCAUGUAGGAAUUUUCCGCUUCGUUGCUUGUACCAUUUUGUUCGGAAUAAACACCAUACCCAUUUUCUGAUGCAGCGUCGUUAUUAUACAUAGAUGAUAGUGAUGCUUGAAUACGCAGAGUCAACUUU